AUGACAUCCACAAGUGAACAUCAGAAGGAGGCUGAUGGUCUGCCCCUAGCCGAAGAUGUUGAAAGAUGGGAGCUGCAUGGCUCGGACCUAGAUGAUCUGCCAGUUGAGCGGGAGAAGUCCUCCACCAAGCUUCCUCAUUCUUCCACGAACAAGUCUCCGUACGGGGGUCUCGUCUGCUGGGAAUGUCCCUAUGGGAGUUGCUUCUUCAUCUGCCAGGAUCAAGCGCCUCGUCAGCAUGAACAGUAA